AUGCCAACCCACCGAGGCCGCAGGCACGGCGCCAGAGCCGAGACCCCGCGGGCCCCCCGCCCCACGCCGCUCCCCACGCACGCUGUGCCGGCCGUGAGCCGCGGCUCCCGCAGCCUCCGUCGCUCCACGAUCGCGGUUAUUCACGGGCUGCGUGCGCGCAGGGGGCAGGGCAGGUGUUGGGGUGACGCCGUGGCCCUGCGGACACUCGUGCGCUGGUUUUGCACUGCACUAAUAAAGCGCUCAGCUUUGGACCGAGGCUGCUCUCGCGUGGAGCCGGCGCCAGCCGCCCGCACGGGGCCCGGGAGUGCCGCGGGGACCGCCGGGGCUCCCGGAGUGCCCGGCCCCGACACGCCGGGGGGUCCCAGGGCCGGCGGAACGAUCCCGGGCUCCCCGCGGCUGCCCGCCCCGGGGCCGGAGGUGCCACCCCGCCCCGCCCCGUUCCGCCCCGCCCCGUUCCGCCCCGCCCCGCCCCGUUCCGCCCCGCCCCGUUCCGCCCCGCCCCGUUCCGCCCCGUUCCGCUCGCAGCGGAAGCGCCACGUCAGGGGGGCGGUGCGGGGGCGGUGCCGGGUUGCGGGUGCUGGUGCCGGGUUGCGGGUGCCGGUGCCGUGCUCGGUGCGGGUGCCGGUGCCGUGCUCGGUGCGGGUGGCGAUGCCGGGCGCGGUGCGGACGCUGUGCCUGGCCGCGCUGCUGGGCGCGCUGCGGGCCGGCGGCACGGAGCUGACGCUGGAGCUGCCCGACAGCGCCCAGCGCUGCUUCCACCAGGAGCUGGAGAGCGGCGUCAAGUUCACCCUCGACUAUCAGGUGAUCAGCGGAGGGCACUAUGAUGUGGACUGCUACGUGGAGGACCCCAACGGCAAGACCAUCUACCAGGAGACCAAGAAGCAGUACGACAGCUUCUCGCACCACACCGAGGCCAAGGGUGUCUACACCUUCUGCUUCAGCAACGAGUUCUCCACCUUCUCCCACAAAAUCGUCUACUUCGACUUCCAGGUGGGCGACGAGCCGCCCAUCCUGCCCGACAUGAACAACCGCGUCACUGCCCUGACACAGCUGGAAUCUGCCUGUGUCACCAUCCACGAGAUGCUGAAGGCGGUGAUCGACUCCCAGACCCACUACCGGCUGCGGGAGGCGCAGGACAGGAGCCGAGCCGAGGAGCUCAAUGGCCGCGUCUCGUACUGGUCAGUGGGGGAAACCCUCAUCCUCUUCGUGGUCAGCAUCGGGCAGGUGGUGCUGCUCAAGAGCUUCUUCACCGAGAAGAGACCCAGCAGCGGCGGAGCUGGCACCUAGAGCUGCUGGCUGUGCCCGAGUGCAGCGGGCAGCGGGACAGACACUGCGCCUCUGAUCUGUGCCGGGACAGGCGGGGGUGGGACAGGGGGCGACGCUGCUGAGCUGGUGACACAGCCACCCGAGGACAGGCGUCCCCAGCAUCACCUCCCAUUUGCCAUCGUCUGGCCUACCCUGUCCCCUCGCCUGGCCAGCCUGUCCCCGUUCUCUGGCUGCACUGGGGAGCAGGGGGGACCAGCACAGCACAGCACCGGGCACCCUCGGGACUGGGACGGGACUGGGACGGGACUAGGAUGGGACUGGGACGGACUGGGAUGUAACUGGGACUGACUGGGACGUGACUGGGACAGGACCAUGCGCUGCCCCUGAGCCCUGUGCAGCCACCAAGGGCAGGGGCAGCCCUGGCCCCCUUGGCAUCCCCCAGUGCCCCCAGCCCCAGCAGAGCUGCCCGUGGGCUGGGGGGGUCUCUGUCUGCACCCCAGGUGCCCUGUGGCGGGCAGGGUGCUCCCAGCAGCGGGACACAGCACCCGCAGCAUCCAACAAGGGAAGGCUGUUUGCUGGGUGGCUCUGGCUCUGCCAGCUCCUCCCCUCGCAGCAGUUCUCAGGCUGGCAGCAGGGGGUGUGCCUGUACCAGGUGGUAUUUUCAUACACCAGUCCGUGCCUGAGACUCAGCCCCCUCACACAUUCCCCGCACACGUGCCAGGGAAGCCCAUCCCUGCCCCAGAAGCACGGGGGACCCACACACGCCUGGGACUGCAGCCCCUCAUUCCCUGGAGCCCCACAAGACCCCUGGAGUGACUGGUGUGCUGGCCCUCCAGCCCUCAAGCAGGUGUGAGAUCAUUUUUCAGAGCUGAAGCAACUCCACUAGACUUUGCCACUUUCAAAUAAAUCCCUGCAAGCAUG